AUGACAAAGGAUAACCACACUAUGGUAACAGAAUUCAUACUUUUGGGAUUUACAGAGCUUCAUAAUAUCAAAAGUCUGCUAUUAUCUCUCCUGCUUCUUAUUUAUGUGGGCACCAUACUUGGAAACCUUCUCAUUGUUACAUUAGUGGCAAUUACUCGGCAGCUGUGGUCUCCCAUGUACUUUUUCCUCUCCCACCUGUCUCUAUGUGAUAUCCUGAUCAGCACAAAUGUGGUACCAAAAACUCUUCAGUUCCUUGUUACAGAGAGAUGUCACAUAUCAGUGUCAUCAUGUUACACACAGUUGUACUUUUUUGGUGCCUUUGUUGCUACAGAAUGUAGCCUGUUGUCCGUCAUGUCUUAUGAUAGAUAUUUGGCCAUUUGUGACCCCCUGCACUACUCAUCUACCAUGAAACGCAGUCUUCCUCGGUAUUUGGCUACAAUAUGCUGGUUGGUUGGUUUUUUUACCUCUAUGAUCAUAGAGAUUUUGAUAACCUUGUUGGACUUUUGUGGUCCAAAUAUUAUUGACCACUUUUUCUGUGAUCUUACUCUUCUUCUAGAGCUUUCCUGCUCUGACACUAAACUGGUUGACAUUUGUACCACUAUCACAGUCUUUAUAAUUGGAAUCUCUCAGUUACUCUUCGUCAUUGUCAGUUAUAUUUGUAUCUUCACAUCCAUCCUUCGAAUCUCUUCCAUCACCGGCCGUCAGAAGAUCUUUUCAACCUGUAGCUCUCAUUUGGCAGUGGUUUCUACCUAUUAUGGGACGCUCAUUGUGCUCUAUGUGGCACCAACAAGAGGACAAUUAAAAACACUUAACAAAGUUUUAUCUCUUUUAAACACAGUCAUAACUCCAUUAUUCAACCCAAUUAUUUACAGUCUGCGGAAUAAAGAAAUAAAACUUGCCUUGAGCAAAAUUAUCUUAAAAAUGUCCCCAAUUAAAGGAAAUUAA